AUGGCUGGUUCUUCGGUUUAUCCAGUGUCGGGCACAGCCGAUUUGUCGAGGACAGAAGCGCCCGUGACCUUCAAGGCGUUCCUACUCUGCGCCUUUGCCGCGUUUGGUGGAAUAUUCUUUGGAUACGAUACCAGCUGGAUGUCUGGCGUGCUAGGCAUGCCCUACUUCAUCACCCUAUACACCGGCCUGCAGUAUGACUACGAAGCCGGACAGCCGGUUGGUGUCGACCGUGCCGCAUUCGGCCUGCCGUCGUCGACCAAGGCUCUCAUCACGUCGAACUUGUCCUGCGGCACCUUUCUCGGGGCGCUCAUUGCUGGAGAUAUCGCCGACCUAAUCGGACGCCGCCCGUCCAUCAUCAUUGGCUGUCUUGUCUUCACGAUCGGCUGUAUACUCGAGAUGAUAUCAACGAAUCAGUUGGCGCUUUUUGUGCUGGGCCGUCUGGUCUCAGGGGUCGGCGUCGGCUUCAUUUCUGCCACCAUCAUCCUGUACAUGGCCGAGGUGGCGCCCAGGAAGGUCCGUGGCGCGCUGAUAUCGGGCUACCAGUUCUUCAUCACGCUCGGCAUCCUGCUGGCCCACUGCGUCGUGUAUGCCACGGCGAACCGCAACGAUACGGGCUCAUACCGCAUCCCCAUUGGCGUCCAAUUCCUGUGGGCUCCGGUGUUGGGCGUUGGUUUGGUUAUCUUGCCCGAGUCUCCCCGUUUCCAUGUCAUGAAAGGCGAGCUGGACGCGGCAGCACACGCCCUGUCGCUACUUAGAGGUCAGACGCUCGAUUCCGACUACAUCAAAGACGAACUCGCCGAGAUCGUGGCGAGCCAUGAGUACGAGAUGCAGAUUGUUCCUCGGACCAGUUGGGUUGGGUCAUGGAUGGCUUGUUUUCAGGGGCGCCUUCGCAAGGGGAACUGCAAUCUCCGCCGGACGCUUCUCGGCGCGGGCUUGCAAAUGAUGCAACAACUCACAGGAAUCAACUUCAUCUUUUACUUCGGGACCACCUUUUUACAAGAACUCGGCACCGUCCCCAACCCGUUCUUUAUCUCACUCGUCAUGACGCUCGUCAAUGUCCUGUCGACACCUUUCUCGUUCUUUGCCAUCGAGCGUCUGGGACGACGGCCGCUGCUAAUUUGGGGAGCGGUUGGUAUGAUUGCCAGCCAACUCGUGGUUGCCAUGGUCGGUGUCACGGCGGGGCGAGCGGCGGCGCACAAUGACGAGUCUGUCAAGGCCAUGAUCGCCUUCAUAUGCAUCUACAUCUUCUUCUUUGCAGCGACGUGGGGCCCUGUCGGGUGGGUGAUUGUGGGCGAGUGCUUCCCGCUGCCAAUACGGUCGCGCGGGGUGGGCAUCUCGACGGCGUCCAACUGGUUCUGGAACUGCAUCAUGGCCACCAUCACUCCGUACAUGGUGGGCCGCGAGGCAGGAUCGGCCAAUCUGGGGCCGGGCAUCUUCUUCAUCUGGGGCUCGCUCUGCAGUCUCUCGUUGCUAUUUGCCUACUUCUUGGUGCCCGAGAUGAAGGGCCUGUCACUCGAGCAGAUCGACAAGAUGCUGGAGGAGACGACGCCGCGCCAGUCAGGCCGCUGGAAGCCGACAAGAACGUUUGCAGCCCAGAUGGGCCGGGUCCGGAGAAGGCCGUCUAGCGACCGGAAGUCCCUCUUGGCCGUGACAGGAGAUGCGACGUGGUAG